AAGCGUUCUAUCGGUGAUAUGGUUGAUGCUAGAGAUUACCUUAUUAAAAAAGGUAUUCCUCAGCUUUUUGAGUGUUUAUUGACUGGAUUAAUGUAUCAUCGUCCGAAUGAUCAUUUAGACUAUAUGCAACAAUGUAUUGAGAAAAUUAGAGCAAAUGGAAUGAACAGUGUACGAUGGGACCUAUUUCUUCAAUCAAAACCCGUUGAGCAAUUAUCUUUAGAUAUGAAAACAAAAGUUGAUAAAGACAGUUCACAACAUGAUGCAAUUUCUGAAAUCGAUUCACCUAGAUUAUGUAUUAAAGAGGACUCAGUGGUUAUAUGCAUAAUAGCUGGGCCAGGCAUAGACAGAUCUAUAUUUUCAAAAGAAUUGAUCAUGCAUUAUCCUAAAUUUGUUUAUGUCAAUUUACCGGAUUUAUUGAAAACACGUGCAAUAAAUGAACAGAGUCAACAACAAUCUCGUUGGCAUGAAGCUAUACAAAAGCUUAAUAAUCGGGAAUUAUUACCAAAUGAUAUCGUUUUAGAAACGCUUUUAUUAAAAUUGAAUCAACAUAGUGACGUGGAUGGCUUCGUAAUAGAUGGUUAUCCGAAAACAGAAACACAAUAUUUAGAUGUUAAAAGGCAUGUUGGUAUGGAUAGAUUGAAGUGUGUGAUACUACUUGAUGUCAGUGAAGAAUAUUCUAGACAACGUUUAAGUGAACGAAUAUCAUAUAGAGAUGAGGUUUGUAAUAAUAAUGAAUCAGAUUCAAUUGACUGUUGUCUCAGUAUUUUCAAAAAUCAAACGUUACAAGUAUGCAAAAUUAUUGAUGAUGACGAGAAACUCAGAGUUAUUGAUGGAGAGUUAAACAAUAAUGAGAUUUUAGAGGAUAUUCUGGAAUUGUUUGAUCAUAUGAUUUCUAAUAAAUUAGUUGAAUCAGAAGUACAUCUUGCCUCAAAUGCUUCGUCUAAUAAUCUACUUGCCCCAGUAAAUCGUAAAACGAAGGGUUAUGAAAGCAGACCAAGUAUAAGUAGUAUCCCAAAAAUUAUGCCAGUAUUUCCUGACAAUGGUCGAAUCCAUGGUAUUUAUAAUUGUCCAAUAAUUUUAUUAUUAGGUGGUCCAGGCUCUGGACGAACAGAACAAGCAUUACGUUUAUGUAAAAAAUUUUCUGGUUUAGCAUAUUUCAAUGUUACGGACUUUUUGAGGAAAAAUGUUCUGGAUUUUAUCAAUGAAAAUGAUACUAGAGAUUGGGAUGUAAUAGCACGUCGAGUACAUUCUAGUGAUCCACCGUCGAAUAAAGAUAGGUUGAUUCCAGAAUACUGGGACGUUCAAUCUGAAGUAAUCCGUUUAGAGUCCAGUAAUUUGGCUGAAAAUAAUAGAGCUGUUAUCAUUGAAGGAUUCCCAUGUCAUGAAGGUCAACUAAAUACAUUUAAUCAAUGUAUUGGUGGCGUAGAUUUAGUCAUUUUAUUAGAUUGUGAAGAGACAACAUUAAUUGAUCGAUUACAUCAACGAUAUGAACGUUUAAAACGUGCUGACGAUCAAGAUGCUGUUGUGUUACAACGUAUAUCAUUCUUUAAACAUUGUACAUUACCUGUUAUAAGAUAUUAUGAUGAGCGAGGUAAAUUAAUAACAAUUCCUGGUGAUCAAGAACAAAGUCUUAUCUUCCACAAUUUGGUUGCCGUAAUGGAAUUCUUUUUAAGCACAAAAGAAGAAUCAAACAUUGAAACACCUGAUAAUAAAAUUGUAAAAACUGAAGAAAUUAUACCGGUAAUAUCAAAACUAAUAAAAAAUGAAAAUCGGAAACUUUUAACGGGUGUGACAAUAGAUGAUGAUCAAUCACUUGAGACUAGUUUUGAAGAUAGCGUAACAAAAGAUAAUGAUUCUUCUCCAUCAAGUCAAUUAUUAAUUACACCUGAAUGUAAUGAGAAUUCAUUAGAUCAGAUUGAAUCGAAAUUGGAACAUUUAGAAGGAAGUCCGGCGAAAACCGUAAACGAUGAUUUGGACAAAUAUAAAUUUAUUUUUGUCAUCGGUAGUUGUGAUGAGAUAAGACGACUGUAUUGUAAACAUAUAUUAAAACAAUGUAAUUACAACUAUAUUUCAAUGAAAAGUAUAACAGAUCCAGUGAAUUUCGAUGGAGAUAAUACUUUCAAUUUGGAUAAAUUAAUUCAAAUUAUUACAGAGGAAAUGAGCAGAACACGUAAAGCAGGAUAUAUUAUAGAUGGUAUACCAAACAGUUUGGCUCAAGUCAAAGAAAUUGAAGCAUAUAGUGAUUCAUUGAAAUUUUCAAAUUGUAAACUGAUUGUAUUAUUAGAAGAUAAGUUUUCUGAACAUGACCAUUCCGGAGACAAUUCACAUUGUUAUAAGCAUAAAGUUGAGGAAAGUUUAAUGGGAUUUCUAGAAUCUACAAAAAAAUUAUAUCGUAUACCUUGUUCACAGAAUGAAGACGAAAUCGCUUAUCAAUUACAUAAUUUGUUCUCAUAGUCUGUAAUCAUCACUAAAAGUUUUUUUUAUUGUUUUCUUAUCUCUUCAAUAUUCAAUGUUUUGAACGUUGGAAGUUUCAUUCUUAUAGCUUUAGACAAAUUAUACUUUUAGAAUAUAUUUACUUCUUAAAGAAAGAUAAUCUGUUGUGUUUUAUUUUUUAGAAAAUAACCAGUUUAUUUGUUUCAUUAAUUAAUUGAACAGUAUAUAUGUAAAUCUGUCGCUCUCAUGGGUAGGAGUAUAUACUUUGUAAAACUACAACCAGUAUGAACUACAUUCUAACCGUUAAAAUAAUACUUUACCAAAAGGAGUGUCAUUUGCUCUGUCUUGUUCUUUUUUUCAAUAUUCUUUCUUAGUUUUUAGGUGUAUUUUAUUUAAAUUAAAUUUGUUUGCCUGGAAGAAAGAUUCUACUCUCUUUUUGAUUUUAGACACUUAAUACUAUAAAUUAAACAAAAGCGGAAUUUGUGUUUGUGUCAUUCAAUAAUUGGUCACAUCUAUUACAAUUUAUACGAUAUGAAAUAAUCUGAAUAGUAAAACUAACAUCAUAUAUCUGUGAGGACCUUCAUUUUCUACGAUAGGUGACCAGAUGAAUUGUUAUUCAGUUCGAAAUAUGAUUAAACGAGGAAAUCAAUCAGUAUUGUGUGUUUUCCAUAUUAAAUCC